AUGGAGUUUCUGGUUUGCGCUCAGAAGGUGAUCGAAGCUACUGAUUCUAUGAAUAAUAUGUUGGUGUUCUUUAAGCUGCGGCCUGACGUAAUUACAGAAGAUAAUCUUCAUAGUAAUAUUCUUGUGUCAUCUAUGCUAGAUUCACCAAUUAACACCCUUUAUCAAGCUGUACGACAGGUUUUUGCUCCAGUAUUACUGAAGGAUGAGAGAUGGAGUAAAACAUUUGAUCCGAAACUCCAGAAACUUUUAAGUGAGCUUGAAACUGGCUUGAGUACUGUUCUCAGAAGGUCAGAUCCUAAUUACACGGGAACAAAAUUCAGUGAAGAUGAUGUGCGAGCUAUACUUACACCAACAGAUGAAUUUCAGUUCUGGAUAGAAUGUGCUCAUCAUGGAAGUAAAUGGUGUAGUAAAGAGAGAGCUGCUCAUUUUAAAGACCUGUUUGAGGACAUUGCAAAAGUUUAUUACAACUUGGAUAGUCUCUCAUUAUUUGAAGUUGUGGAUCUGGUGGAGACUACCAAGGAUACUGUUGAUGGAGUGUGGAGACAAACAGAACAUGAUCCUUAUCCACAGCCACGCAUGCAUAAUCUCUUGGAUGUAAUAGGUGGCUCGCUAGGUAGAUAUGUUCAGAGAAAAUUAGCAGCUUUGAAUUUGUGGGAGGAUGCUUUUCACAGUGUUAAAGAAAAUCUAAAGGCUAGCAUCUUGAUUUGUGAGCAGUGGGUGUCAGCUUGUGAGUACCUAACGGGACAACUGUGGCAACGUUAUACUCUACAUCCAUGGAAAAAUGAGAAAUAUUUCCCUGAAUCAUUAGCCAAACUUGGCAAACGUCUUGAUGAGGUUCUAACUGUUAGAACACUGCAUGAAAAACUUACAUUCUUUUUGCCAGCUGGAGAACAAAAUGCUUUACAUCUUGCCCAAGUGUUUGAACCCUUUGCUGGCCUAAAUCCUGUACACUAUAAUCCUUACACAGAGCCAUUAUGGAGAGCAGCAGUCUCUCAGUAUGAAAGAAUUAUUGCACCAGCGGAACAAAAAAUAGCAAGCAAAUUGAAGAAAUUUAUUUCAGAAAUUCAGGACAGUCCUCAGCAGCUUCUUCAAACAUUUCAGAAAUACAAGGAACUGAUAAAGCAUCCAAAUAUAAGCCAAGAAUUGCUUUUUGAAAGGGAAACAUUGCUAGCAAGACUUCAAGAUUACGUCAACGACUAUCAGACAGACUUUGAAACUCGAUGCCAUGGUGUUCCUGGUGAUGUUUCUGGACCCCUGUCAGGCAAAAACCUUUCUGAAGUUGUAAAUAAUAUUGUAUGGGUACGGCAGCUGGAGCUGAAGGUGGAUGAUGCUGUCAAGCUUGCAGAGGCUCUUCUGUCUGACUUGUCUGGAUUUCAGGCUUUUCAUCAAAGUGCAGACUCUUUUCUGGAACAGUUAAAAGUAUAUGAACAAGAACAAUUUGAUGAUUGGUCUAGGAAUAUCCAGUCAGAAUUAUCAAAUCCCAAGUCAGGACUCUGCAUCCAAGCUAAUAGUCCUGUAAUGGAAUUGGAUCAUGUUUUUGGAACAUUAAACAUACUUUAUUCAGAUCGUUUGGUGACUCUCCUAAGAGAAGUACGUCAGCUAUCAGCACUUGGUUUUGCUAUACCAGCUAAAAUACAGCAUGUUGCAAACACUGCACAGAAGUUCUGUAAGCAGGCAGUCAUCCUCAAACAGGUGGCGCAUUUUUAUAAUUCUAUUGAUCAACAAAUGAUUGAGAGUCAGAAGCCAAUGAUGUUACAGUCUGCUCUAGCAUUUGAACAGAUAAUUAAGCAUUCAAAAUCUGGUCCUGGAGGAAAAGCUCAAAUAACAUGGGAUAAUCCUAGAGAAUUGGAAGCUUAUAUCCAAAAACUCCAGGCUGCUGCUGAACGGCUUUCCACUGAAAAUAGAAAACUAAGAAAGUGGCAUACAAACUUCAUUGAAAAGGUUAUAUCUCUCAUGAAUAUUGAUCUACUUCGGCAGCAGCAGCGUUGGAAAGAUGGACUCCAGGAGCUCAGAACUGGUUUUGCCAGCCUUGAGUCACAGGCAGGGUUUCAUUAUCAUAUUGCGAGCUGUGAACAUUUGACUUUUCAAUA